AUGAGAGAAAAGAGGAAGCGUAAGCUGGUAAUGGCGUUGACGGUAGAUGCAUUGAUUGGAUCGGGUCCCUUGAGUGGGCUUGUGACUGAGCUCAGUGGAAGAUACCCCUGCAGUGUACCUGAGCUCAUCCAUUCUUUGUCUGCGGCGCGGGGGGCGUUGAGCGGUUCAACUUCCCUACUAAGGUUAACCCUGAGAGACGGACUAUCCGUGGAUUGGUGGUUUUGGGUCUUGUCUCAGAUUCUCGCCAAACUCUUGCAAACACGCGUACGAUUAUAA